GGGGAGGGAGAAAAAUUGUAACAAAUGAUACCUUUGUAAAUGCGAGAGUGAGGAAGUAGUGGACGUUGACAAACUCACUGUAUCGUCUCAGGCAAGACCACUGUCAUGGUUGUAGCGUACAGGGAGAGAGAAGAUGUUCCUUCACAGCAGCCGUUACCCUCUACUUGCUAGUAGUUAGGUGAGAAGUGACAAUCCGGACAUGGCAAAUUUUACUAAAAACCUUUCUAUUUGACAUCAACUAGAAAAGAUGCCAUCCUAGUGUGAUACUAAAGUAGGCCUUUUCCACUAUUCUGCCUAGGACCUUCUUUGUGUAAUUUUUAACCACCUUCAUAAACCUAUGCUUUUCUUUUUAUUUUAUUAUAUUUUUCAUGAAGGUCAAGAGCAAUGUUUAUCAAAUGACUUCUGGAAGCAGUCAGUAGAAAAGAGAAAGGUUGUGUUAAUCACUUUACAUGCAGAAUAUAUCCUAAACCCCGUACCUGUAAAACCAAACCUGUUGUCAUCUAGUUGAUUCUGACUCAUAACAACCCUGUAGGACACAGUAGAUCUACCCCAUAGGGUUUCCAAGGGAAGCAGGCUAUCUCAUCUUGCUCCCGUGGAGCUGGUGGGUUAGCACCAUCAACCUUUCAGUUAGCAGCAGAGCACUUAACCACUGUGCCACCAGGGCUGAAAACCCCUACGCUCGCCCAGUAAUCUCCUAAGGCGUGGGAGGUGAUAAAACAUUUCUUGCUUCCUGAACAGAUGCACUUUCUUGAAUCCUCUGCCUCUUUCUAAACUGUGUUUAAUGCCAAUCAUAUUUCAAUUUGCUCUAAUAUCACAAGAAAAAAAAAAACUACAGUUGCACAUAAAUACAUUCAUACUCAUGGCAACCCCAUUCACGUUAGGGUUGAACUAUUCUCCAUAGAAUUUUCAAUGGCUGGUUUAUUGGAAGUAGAUUAUCAAGUUUUUCUUCUGAGGUAGCUUUCGAUAUACUCAAACCACUAGCCUUUUGGGUAGCAGCCCAGCACAUUAACUUCUUCCAUUUACAAUAAGAAAACGGAGCUAUACUGUAUAAUGCUAUUUUCCUGGAACUUUUCUGAUAAACUUCACUCCAAACAGAAUCCAGCCAAGUUAAGGGCUAAGCAAAGGCGAAUAUAACCAGAAGAUCCAGGCUGCUGAGUUCAUAUCUGAGUGUAAUAAUUAUCAGUGUUGUCUUUAUUUCCACAGACAAGAAUCAGCAUGCCUGAGGAACGAGCCAACACAACCAUCAUAAUGGAAUUCUUGCUCGUGGGAUUCCCUGAUGACUGGAUGCUACAGAGAAUGUAUGCCACCCUCUUCUUCCUCAUUUACCUCACAGCACUGAUGGGGAACCUCCUCAUUAUCACCCUCACCACCACUGAUGGGCGUCUCCAUUCUCCCAUGUAUUUCUUCCUGAAGAAUUUGUCCUUGAUUGAUAUCUGCUACAUCUCUGUCACUGUCCCCAAGUCCGUCGUGAACUCUCUGACUAAGAGUCAUUCUAUCUCCUUCCUAGGAUGUGCCUCACAAAUUUUUUUUUUAAUUUUUUUUGCUGGCACAGAGUAUGCCCUCCUUAUAGUCAUGUCCUAUGACCGCUAUACUGCCAUCUGCCAUCCUUUGCACUAUGAGACCACUAUGAAUAUAGGCGCCUGUGUGCAGAUGGUGACUGCAUCGUGGCUCAGCGGGUGUGUCUAUGGAUCUAUCCAUGCAGCAGGUACAUUCUCUGUCGAUUUCUGUGGACCUAAAAUAGUGCACCAGUUCUUCUGUGACGUUCCAUCACUGCUUACACUUGCUUGUCCUGGGGAACAAAUUCUAGAAUAUGCAUUUAUAAUUGCCAGCUUUUCGUUUGCCUUUUUAUGCUUCCUUUUCAUAAUUACCUCAUAUAUUCAUGUUUUCUCAGCUGUCUUAAGGAUUUCAUCUGCUCAAGGCAAGUUCAAAACUGUCUCCACCUGCAUGCCCCACCUCACUGUGGUGAUCUUGUUCCUCUUUUCUGGCCUUGUUACACAUUUAGGUACAAACUACAAAUCUACAUCAUCACUGAAUCUGCUCAUGUCUGUAUUAUACUCUAUGUUACCUCCCAUCUUGAAUCCUGUUAUAUAUAGCCUGAGGAAUGAGGAUAUGAAGUUAGCCCUAGGCAAAUUACUGGGUGGUAAAAUGUUGCCAAAGACAUAAAUAUUCUGCUAUCUUUAAAAUAUUUGGAGUGCAUUUUCUCUUAAGUCAAAAGAAGUUUUUAAAAUGUAUUUUGACCAUCUAUACCUUUGGAACACAAAAAAAUAUCUUCAAGUUUAAAAAUUCUCCUCCAUAUUGACUUGGGACAGCCUUAUCACUUUGAGAAUAGGAGUAAGGAGAAUCC